AGAACGUCAGACUAAAAUAUCUUGUCGUUUCGUUGUAGUUGCUUUGGCGAUUUACAGCAUGACUUCUCGUCGGCCUGACAGCUUUGAGGGUUUGGGUUACAGGGGCAGGGAGGACCCGGCAUUCAGCGGGGGCUAUUCGGGCAGGUCAUUCAAUAAUUCAUCCAGCUCUGACCUCCAGAACUGGGUCACCACACCUCCAGACAUACCUGGAAGCAGAAACCUGCAUUUUGACGAUCGCACACCCCAGUUUGAGACCGCACCGGACGAGGCUCAAUCAGCGGCUCCACCGUCCGAGCAACUGAAUCGAUUUGCUGGGUUUGGAAUUGGUCUCGCAAGUCUCUUCACAGAAAAUGUCUUGGCCCACCCCUGCAUUGUGUUUCGGCGCCAAUGUCAGGUUAAUUACCAUGCCAGGUGUUACCACUUGUCCCCAAUGACAGCCAUCAGUGUGAUGUACAAUGUCACCAAAACUCAGGGUCCAAAAGCUUUAUGGAAAGGAAUGGGAAGCACUUUUGUUGUUCAGGGUGUCACAUUGGGAACAGAGGGGAUCAUCAGUGAAUGCACCCCUUUACCAAGGGAGUUAUCACACAAGUGGAACCCUAAACAAGUUGUGGGACACUUAGUACUCAAAGGUUUGACAUAUGUGGUUGCAAUGCCGUUUUACUCAGCAAGUCUCAUAGAGACUGUACAGAGUGAGAUCAUCAGAGACAACCCUGGCAUCCUGGACUGCGUGAAGGAGGGUCUGGGACGUGUAAUGGGUAUGGGAAUACCUCACAGUAAGCGUCUUCUUCCUCUCUGGAACCUGGUGCUCCCGACAGUCCUCCACGGCAUCCUCCACUACAUCAUUAGUUCUAGCAUUCAGCGCCUGGUUCUUUACCUGCUGCGACGUCGGAACAAUGGCUCGCCGAAGCACUCGUCCCCUGGCUCAGGGAUGGACACGGUCCAGUCUAUGCUGGAUGCAUAUUUCCCAGAGCUCAUGGCCAGCUUUGCCGCCAGCCUGUGUGCAGAUGUGCUGCUUUUUCCUUUGGAAACAGUGUUGCACAGGCUGCACAUUCAGGGAACUCGCACUAUUAUCGACAACACCGAUUUGGGUUUCGAAGUAUUGCCCAUAAACACUCAAUAUGAAGGAAUGAGGGACUGUAUUAAUGCUAUUCGACGUGAAGAAGGCACCAUGGGCUUCUAUAAAGGCUUUGGCUCCAUCGUAGUGCAGUAUUCGCUUCAUGCUACAGUUCUACAGAUCACCAAAAUGAUCUACUCAACUCUUCUGCGAAACGCUUGAAUCCAAUUGAUUCCUUCCCAAUUCAUCAAUUGGUCCAUUUUUUUUUUUUUUUUGGUUGAGUUGGACAUUCCCCAAAAAAAUGUGAUCCUAAUAUGAACUGAUGAUUGCAGAUAUGUGAUUUGUCAGUCUACGUUUGUUUCAUAAAGCACUGGUUGUCUUGUUGAUUGCACGACAGGUUUAUUCCUGAUAGCCAAUAUGCUUUGAUAUUAGCACUGGAGUUGAAUUAUUCUUAUUGUGACCCCAACUCUUCAUUAUCCUUCACUAUCCACGCCAAAACUGAUACAUCAGCCUUUAUAUUCUCAAACCGCUAGUUUCAUCAAUGGCUGCUAGGUUUCAUGAUGUGUUGUGUAAAUGUGGUUAUUCUAUUGGCAACAUUUGGUCGAAGCCCUAUGCCAAGGCUUUCAUGUUAUUAAAUUAUUAUUUGCACUUUAGUGAUACUUGUGCCAGCGGUGUUUCAAACAGUGAAAAUGUUUCUAUUUGUUCCAGUUCCUAAACAUUUGCUAUGGAAAUUCACAAGAAAUACACAAGAAUGCAUGUGUAAAGCUCUGGGUGAGUUAAUAAUCAGGUUUUAAAUUAUUGGGCGCUAUGCUUUAAAAUAAAUGUCUAAAAUCAA